UCCCCUCAGAUCUAGCCAGCAGACUGGUUAUGUUUUAUUCUGAAACCGCUGCGUUUUAAUGAGCCACACAUAAACCCAGUCUUUAUUCUCUAUAUGUCUUAAAUAUCAUUUUAAUAUAUUAUUCAUUUUGUUUUUCAUCUUCUCCUCAUCAUGAACAUUAUAACUGUGAGUCUGAUUCUUUUUGAAUGCAUUAUGUCACAUGGAGGCUUUCUGUCAGCUGAAUCCGCUGAGGUGUCUGGAGGAGUCAGAGUGAAAGGACCACUGGGAGGAAAUGUUACCGUUCUCUGUUCAUACCUCAAAGGAAAUGAGAACUUUCAAAAGUACUUCAAUAAAGGCAAACCUGAAACACAGCUUGUGACACUGAGCAGCGGAGUAAUGUGGGUCCGGGACGGCAGAUAUUCUGUGGAGGACAAUAAAGAGAACAGAGAGUUCACCGUAACUAUCAGGAACCUGAGUGGGGAGGACGCUGGGCUUUACUGGUGUGGGGUGAAACGGGCGAAGGAGAAUUAUCGGCUAGAGGUUAACCUUGAUGUUGUGCAAGAUGUAACCACUGAAAAUGAAAGACACAUUACAGCAGCAACAUAUAGAUCAGAAAGUGUGACAGAGACGACAGGAAGUUCUACUCGGCCCAGAGAGUCUCAGACACUUUCAGGCAUCUACUCCUACAUUAGAUGGACUUUUGGUGGAAUCCUGCUGGUGUUGUUAGUCAUUUUCUGUGUCUUCGAAUUCAGAGUAGUUCAAGCCAGUGCAGGUACAAUAUAAUCCUCUUUAAACCAUUAUAUAAU